CAGACAGGAAGUGAUGUAGGGUUACAACAGGAAGUUCCAGGUGAAAGGUGAUUUGGUAGGAGAUUAUGAGGAGACACUACUGGAUCUUGAGGUAGAUCAGGUUCAGUGUGUGGACCGAAUCAUAAGCUCAUCCCAGUACAGACCAGGUACACAGAGCUGACUGAAGAGGUGAGGAGAAUUCUGGGAGGUCACAUGACAUCACUCUUAUCCUAGUUUUAAAACACAGAGCUGAUUGAACAGAUGUGAUGUUCUGUUGUAUCAGCAUUUGCUAAAAUGGAGAAUGACAGAAAUAAGAUAAUAGGUAUCACCCUGGAGAUCCUCUACCUGCUGACUGGAGAGGAAUUUGUUGUGGUCAAGAAGUCUGGUGAGGACCAAAUUUUGGGAGCUCAGAGCAAAGCCCAGAUAACCAUCACAGGGCCUCCACUUUCCUUUAUGUCUUCUGAGAGAAGCAGUGAUAAAAAGAUCCUGGAACUGACCAACAAGAUGAUUGAUCUGCUGACAGGAGAGGGGGAAGAACUGAAAGACAUCAAAGCUGAAACUGAAGAGGAGGAAAAGAUUCUUGUUAGUAGAGAUCAGUAUUCUAUGGAGAAGUGUAGUCCUUUGUAUUCCCAGAAUUUCGCACAGGAAGUUCCCAGCAUCUCACACCAAAUUCAGAAUGAAGAACUAAAAGACAUCAAAGCCGAGAUUAAAGAGGAAGAAGAAGAGAGGUUGGUGAGUGGAGAUCAGCAGUCUAUGGAGGAGGGGGAGAGGAUUAUGGAAAGUAAACAGGAGGAAUCUUCUCUACAUAUAGACACAAGUGGACAUUGUGUCUCAAAUAACGUAUCUUCAGAAUAUAAAGAAGAAGAAAAUGCCACCACACAACUUUCUCCAGGAGAAGACCACACCACACAACGUUCUCCAGGAGAAGACCCCAAUACACAAAUAUUUCAUAGACCUUAUCUUUCAGAAAGUCCAAUGGAUCCCUCUAAUCCUGAGGAAUCUUCUGAUGAUCCACAUACUAUUAUUACUGAAACAAAUCUGGGAUCUCACAGAACAGAUCCAUCAACAGAUUCAUCUAAUCCUGAGGGAUCUUUUUUAAACCAUGAAGGAUCUCAUACAGGUGGACAUUGUGUCUCGAAAAACGUAUUUUCAGAAUAUAGGGAAGAAGAAAAUGCCACCACACAACGUUCUACAGGAGAAAAUCCCACCACACAACGUUCUCCAGGAGAAAAUCCCACCACACAACGUUUUCCAGGAGAAAAUCCCACCACACAACGUUCUCCAGGAGAAGACCCCACCACACAACGUUUUCUAGGAGAAAAUCCCACCACACAACGUUCUCCAGGAGAAGACCCCAAUACACAAAUAUUUCAUAGACCUUAUCUUUCAGAAAGACCAAUGGAUCCCUCUAAUCCUGAGGAAUUUUCUGGUGAUCCACAUACUAUUAUUACUGAAACAAAUCUGAGAUCUCACAGUACAGAUCCAUCUCAUCUCGAAGGAUCUUCUUUAAGCCAUGAAGAAUCUCAUACAGGAGAACGUUCCUUGUCAUCUACAGUGUCUGAGAAUUCUUCCAAAGAAACCAGAAAGCCUUCUAAACAUCAGAAAAAUUGUAAGCGUAAGCGUCCUUUCUCAUGCUCAGAGUGUGGGAAAUGUUUCAGUCAAAAAGGAAGCUUUCUUGAUCACCAGAGAAUUCACACAGGUGAACGUCCUUUCUCAUGUUCAGAGUGCGGUAAAUGUUUUAGAACCCGAGGGAACCUUCUUAAACACAAGAGAAUUCACUCGGGCAAGCGUCCAUUUCCAUGUUCAGAGUGCGGGAAAUCAUUCAUUCGGAAGAGAGAGCUUGAUAAACAUCUGAGAAUUCACACAGGCGAGCGUCCUUUCUCAUGUCCAGAGUGCGGGAAAUGUUUCAAUCAGAACGCACACCUUGUUAAUCACAAGAGAAUUCACACAGGCGAGCGUCCUUUCUUAUGUCUAGAGUGCGGUAAAUGUUUUAGAGACCGAGGGAACCUUCUUAAACACCAGAGAAUUCACUCGGGCGAGCGUCCUUUUUCAUGUUCAGAGUGCGGGAAAUCAUUCAUUCAGAAGGGGGAGCUUGAUAGACAUCUGAGAAUUCACACAGGCGAGCGUCCUUUCUUAUGUUCAGAGUGCGGUAAAUGUUUUAGAGACCUAGGGAAUCUUCUUAGACACCAGAGAAUUCACUCGGGCGAGCGUCCCUUUUCAUGUUCAGAGUGCGGGAAAUCAUUCAUUCAGAAGGGAGAGGUUGAUGUACAUCUGAGAAUUCACACACGUGAGCGUCCCUUUUCAUGUUCAGAGUGCGGGAAAUGUUUUUUCGUGAAAAGAGACCUUGUUAAUCACCAGAGAAUUCACACAGGUGAGUGUCCUUAUUCAUGUUCGGAGUGCGGGAAACGUUUCAUUCAGAAAGUACAACUUGUUAAGCACCAGAGAACGCACAAGGGUGAGUGUGGGAAAUCUUUCCGUCAUAAAGUAUUCCUUCAACACCAGAGGGCUCACACAGUUGAGCGUCCUUUUUCAUGUUCAGAGUGCGGGAAAUGUUUCUCUCGGAAAGAACACUUUUAUCAACACCAAAAAAUUCACACGGGUGAGCGUCCUUUCUCAUGUUCAGAGUGCUGGAAAUGUUUCAAGGACAAAGGGAGCCUCCGUCGACAUCUGAAAGUUCACACAGAGCGUCCUUAUUCAUGUUUAGAAUGUGGGAAAUUGUUCCAUCAGACAGAAAAUCUUCUUAUACACCAGAGAAGUCACAUAGCUGAGCAUCCUUAUUCAUGCUCAGAGUGCGGGAGAUGUUUCAUUCUGAAAAGAGAUCUUGUUAAUCACCAGAGAGUUCACACAGGUGAGCGGCCUUAUUCAUGUUCAGAGUGCGGGAAAUCUUUCACUCAAAAAAGUACCCUUGAUCGACACCAGAAAGUUCACAUGGACUAACACUUGUUGAUAGGUGUGGACAUACGAACAAAUAAAGAAUGUGGCAAAUAACCUCCAGA